AGGAAGUUUCGAAUAAAACGUAACGCUCCAUUCAUUUCAAAUAUGGCCACAUUCAAUAUGCAAUUCAUGCUUUUCAUCUGUGUCACCUGCGUUGCGGUGACACUAACUGAAGUCCAGGCAGCUACCGAAUAUAACCGUUAUUUAGCCCAUCUCUUUCAAAAAUAUGGCAAUGGCGGUACAAUGUCUUUUGAGGGCCUCGAGCAUUUAAUGUACAAUUUGGGUUUGGGACAUUUGGAAUUCGAACCAUCACACACCGUUGAUCAACACAAAACCAAGUCUGGUACUGGCAAUAAUGUCAACGAAGAUGCCAUCAAAUCGUACAUGGAUUUACAAACUAAAAAAUUAGGUUCAGAUGAUGGCGAUGACUAUGAUACACAAUUGGCAAAGGAGGCGAAAAGUAAAAAUCAAAAAGCAGAUAAAUCUCACGAAUAUCAUCACGGUGAUAAUGAAGACGCACAGCACCAAUCUCUAGAUAGCCCCAUAAUUGUUGAAUUCAAAGAGAUGCAUGAUCCCAAACAUAGACAUCCGCGUGAAAAUGAUGCCACUUUUGACGGCCCACCAUUGCCAGCCGAUGUCUGUUUGUCGCCAAAAUCUCUGUUGCGUUUGGUCGUCGAUCAUGAUGAUUUGCAUAAACGUAAACUACAACUGUACAAAACGUAUUCCUCGUCCUCCGAAAAAGUUGAGACGAAUCAUCAGGAUCAUGAUCUGGAGGAAGAAUUCAAUCAUUAUGUCAAUUAUGUGAAAUUAACGCCCCUGACAUUUAUGAAAUUAUGCCCAGCCCUAUUGGCCCAAAUCGAUCAACAAGUUUGCAUGCAACCGGCACCAUUAAGACACAUAGAGGACUCCAAUGAAAUGAUAUGGAAUGCUUGGAUUUAUGCCAGCGCUUCGAUAUUCAUACUCUCAGCUUGUGGGUUGUUGGGAAUACUUUUGGUUCCCCUCAUGAAGACCGUAGCCUAUCAAGAAAUACUCAACUUUUUGAUUGCCGUCGCCGUUGGUACUCUCUCCGGAGAUGCACUAAUGCAUCUUUUGCCACAUGCUUUAGUUAACGAACAUGCUGCACCCACGUCUGAGUCUCACGGUCACGAUCAUGAGGAACAAGACCAUGAAGCAUCAUCACAUUCCCAUGAUACGACGGCUGUAUGGAUAUGUGCUUGUGCCUUUUUCACAGCAGUAUUUAUGUAUGUUAUCGAGAAUCUCUUGCCUCUAUUGAGAGGCAAUACUAAUGAAGGAUCGCAUGGUCAUGGACAUGGACACAGCCAUAAUCAUCACCAUCAUCACAGUCAUAAUCAUAAACACUCAAACAAUAACAACAGCAAAGAAAUAUUAGCUACUACUAACUGCACAGUAUCGGAGAAUAAUGUGGAAGCUCCAGUGUCAGAAACAAAAGAUGUCCGGGAAUUGAAUGUGAUGUUAAAUGAAACCAAGCUGGAUGAAAAGAAACCAUCAAGACCACUUACACCGGUGGCGUUCAUGGUUAUUAUCGGUGAUGGUUUACACAAUUUAACCGAUGGCUUAGCUAUAGGUGCUGCAUUUGCCUCGGCGCCGGUUACUGGUUUAGCAACUGCUUUUGCGGUACUUUGUCAUGAACUACCUCAUGAAUUGGGAGAUUUUGCACUACUUCUUCAAACUGGCGUUUCAAUACGGAGGGCAAUUUACCUGAACAUUGUCAGCUCGGUCUUAAGCUUUGUUGGUAUGGCCAUUGGCCUUUUAAUAGCUGGCCUGCAUAGCAGCAUGACACAAUGGAUAUAUGCAGGAACUGCUGGAUCAUUCCUAUACAUAGCUUUGGCAGAUCUAGUACCAGCAAUGGCAGCCGAAAGCAAAGAUAAGUUAAAAACCUCGCUGAUACAAGUCAUCGGUGUAUUGGUGGGUGGUUUCAUAAUGCUGGCCAUAGCCAUCAAUGAAGAUCAAUUAGAACAACUCUUUAAAUAGUAAUAGAAAUAUUUCAAAAGGGAAUUACUUUAGCAAAGUUAAGCCUAUUGCCAAGUGCCAAGUAUUAAAUAUAUAAAUAUUUGUAAAUCUCGUUAGUUGUUUAAGUUAGUUGUGUAUUUGUGUAGCAUUAAGUUUUACGAAUUUCUAACAGUAAAUCUAUUUAAAUUAAUAAAAAAAUGAAAAA